GUUCUGUUAGUAGUUCAGUGUACAACAAUGCUCCGAUCUCGCACAUUCGCCGCCCGUAUCGCCCGCAAUGGACUAGCGCGCAUGAUCUCCAUGGGGGAGGGCAUCUCUGGAGCCCCAGUCUGCGUACUAGCCAUUCUGGAGCAGCAUAAGGCCUUUCUCAGCAGCCUGGAUGAUGCCGUGUAUACCUUCCACAGCCCACUUGUCGAGGGCUCAGUCGGGCAACACACGCGGCACUCGCUAAAUCACCUACGCAAGCCACUUGAGCUUCUAGCUGCCCGCCAGCAAGGAAGCGACGAAGAUAUGGUGCGUUACGACAUCCGCGAUCGCCAUACGCCCGUGGAGAAGGACCGUCAUGCGGCUAUCCAGCAGAUCGAGCAGUUAGAGAAAACGCUACGCGCCAUUCCGCAGAGAGACUUGGCCCGCCCAGUGCACGCCGCCUUCAUGCUCUCUGCGGACGGCCACGAGUUCGACUUUGAGUCCACAUUCAGUCGAGAGCUGGCCUUCGCCGUGCACCACUGCAUCCACCACAACGCGCUGUCCAAGGUGCUGCUGCGCCAUCACUUCCCAGAGCUAAGAGUCCCGGACGGAUUCGGCAUGGCGCCAUCCACGGCCAACUUUAAUUUAGCACACUCGCACGAGUAAGUGCCACCAACACCUCGACUAUAACAAGUAUAUUUUGCCAAGCACGUAUCAUGAAGUUUGUAGCGAAUUGGUAGCGCUUUGUGCAAAUAACUCAUCGACAGGAUCUUUGAGGAGUAAAUGUCACUCACGUUGCUUCCAUA